AGAGAGGUGUGCGGGGGUACAGAGGCACAUCCAAUCGCACAGGAACGGUAAAGACACGCUCUCUCGUCCAGGGGAGUCCGAUCACAGAGAUGCAGAUCGCAGAGGACUGCAAGGGGUUGAGGAGGAGCUCGACAGAGAAGCUGCCUCAUGCUGGGCGUGUCCUACAGGGGGCACUGCUGUCUUCCUUCCCCAGCCUGCUUCGUGACCAUAAGUAUCACCUCAAGACGCUAAGGCAGUGCUGCACUGGGGAGGAGUUGGUGGAUGACCUGAUGAAACUACAGCCGUCCCUCCAGGGGAGAUUGCAGGCUGUUGGCAUCUUACAACUUCUGCUUGAUCUAGAAAUCCUCGUUCCUGUGCGCCAGGGGAGUACCUUCCAAGACAAAGACAGCAGUUUCUUCCGUUUCGCCGUGGGUGCCCCUGGGCGUGAGGAGUCCCCGAGAGCUGGCACUGCCGAGGAUGAACUGCAGGAGGCGAUGGAGUUACUCGCUCUGCUCGGGAUUGAGGCCUUACUUACCUCCUGUCUCCGAAAACCGUGAGCUCACCGGCGGAGAGCCCUGCAACGGACCCAGAGAC